GAGCAGCGCUUGGAGGCGCACGUUGCCGCAAAUCCUGUGGCCAGUACAGGUGACGGCGCUUUUUUUUUUUUGAGGAAUCAUCCUUACAAGGUUGAACAGGGGCAGACGCGCUGCCCCCCUGCUGCCUGAAAACAGCCUGGGACGCUUGCACGCAAUGGGAGGCGGACAAGUUCUUCUUGCGGGAGGCCGCCACCAGCAUCCACCGUCGGCAUGCACGCCAGACCCGGGAUGGGCUGCAUGGCGUGGUGCUGGCCGCAGACGCGGCCGCUGCCCUGGCCGACCGGCCGGGUGCCAGCGCCGCGCAGCGUCAGGCUGCGGCCAUGGCCAACUUGGCGGUGCGGGAGGAGCGGGCAGCUGCCGCAGCGGCCAGCCACAAUGCCCGCGCUGCACUGAUGGAGGAGCAUGGGGAGCGGGGCACUCGCUGGUUCCAUCGGCAGGCUGACGAGCCAGCAGCCGGCGCGCAGGAGCCCAUCACGCACUUGAAGGUGCCGGGGCAACCGGCGCCUGUGGCGCUCACGGGGCCGGGCACGCGCAACACUGUCUCCGCCGCCGCCGCAGCCAUGUACAGCAGCACCAGCCCCACCGGCCUGUUCCGCGUGCAGCCGGUCUGUACGGCGUCGCAGCAACAGCUUCUGGCGGCCAUUGACCGCAAGGUUCCGGCGGAUCUGCACGCCGCCGCAGAGGGGUCCGGUGACGGCGCCCUCAGUGAUGCCGAGCUGAUGGCAGCGCUGGCUGGCUCCGCCAAUGGUAAAGCGCCUGGGUCGGAUGGGGUCCCGUACGAGGUGUACAAGGUUUUCUGGGCGCUGCUGGGUCCGCGCUUGUGUGCUGCUGCUGCCGCUGCCUUUGCUGCCGCUGCAGACGCCCACGAUGGCGGUGAAAUGGCGGCGGCGCUGCCCGCCUCCUGGCGGGAGGGCAUCAUCACGCUCAUCUACAAGGGCAAAAGCCUGGACCGCGCCGAGCUGGCGUCCUACCGGCCCAUCACGCUGCUCAACUGCGACUUCAAGAUGGUGUCCAAGGCCGUCAGCGCCCGCCUGCAGCCCGCCCUGGAUGCAGUUGUGGAUGAGCUGCAGACCGCGUUCAUCACCGGCCGCUGGAUUGGAGACAACGCGCUGUACCUCCAAGGCCUGAUCGACCAGGCUGCUUUCUGGCAGCAGGGGGGCAGCGCGUCUGCCCCUGUUCAACCUUUGCUGAACGGCUUGCCGCAGGGCAGCACCGCCUCACCACCCCUGUGGGUCAUCCAGAUGCAGCCACUGACAUCCUUUCUGCGGCGGCAGGUGGAGCAAGGGGCACUGCGCACGCCCCUGUUACCCAGCGGCGAGCAGGCGCCGCCUGCUGCCCACCACGCUGACGACACGACCCUCACGGCGCGCGACCCGGCGGUGGACGGGCCGGUCCUGAUGGCGGCAGUACAGCUGUUCUGCCGCGCGUCCAACGCCCGUGUGCUGGUGGCAAAGCUGGCCUACCACUUCAGCUUCCUCAACCCGUCGCCUGCGCAGCUGAAGGAACUCACCGACCUGGUGGACCACUUUGCUGCGCGCUCCAUGCACGCUGAGGACGCCAGCCUGGUGUCGCAUGGGAACCCGCUCCUGCUGCCCAAGCGGGAAACGGCCUGUCUGCCGUACAAGGAUGGGGGUGUCAACCACGUCGACCUGCCUGCGUUCCUGUCUGCCCUGCAAGCUAAGACUUUCGCCCUCCUUGCCCAGCCAGGCCGGCAACCCUGGAAGACGCUCACCCGGGCGCUGCUUACCCAUGUGCGCCCGGACUCCGCCACCACGUGGGCGUGGGUGUACAGCGACGCGCCAGCGCCAGCGGGGCUGCCUGCCCGGCUGGUGGCCGCAGUCGGCCACGUGCGGAGCGCGGGCGUGGAACAGCAUCCACCGCAGCCAGCCACUCAGCCGCCAGCGGCGCCGCCACAGUGGCUAGUUAGCCUGGACCAGCUGUGGGUGGCUCACGCUGCGGGGGCUGUGUCCUACGUCCACUACACGGGGCGGCUCUUGGAGCCUGGACCUGGCGUGCUGCCCCCGGCGGUGGAUGGGGCGUGGCAGCCUGCCUGUGUGCUGCAGCAUCGCAAGCCGCGGCACCUGUGGACCUUUGAAGAGCGGCCGGCGUACGAUGCAGCAUCACCAGGGGACCGGGCGGGGGCGUGGCCUCGGGCGCCGUACUUCCUGGCGCCGGAGGCUGGGGUGGUGGUGCACCCGGAGCACUGCCGGAUUGCGGGUGUCAGCUUGGCGGACUACACGGUGCGGGACGUGCGGCGGGCCAUCACCGCGGCUAACCCGGCCGCACCUCCGGCUCCGGCCCGCCCCGCAGCCAUGCUGUGCCCAGCGCCAGCACAGCAGGCGGGGGGUUCGGGGACACAGCCGGCGGCACAGUCGCGGCUGGCGGAGCGGGAGGCGGAGUGGCAGCGUGCAGCGGCGCAGCUGACAACCACGGCGGCGCAGCACUUCCACAAUAACCCGGUGGCUCUGGACCCCUGGCUCCACCCCUGGCUCCACCGGGCGUCCUCGUUUUUCGUCAACUUGGCAGCGGACCGCACCCCUGCAGGUGGGGGCAGCACUGCCAGCCCAUUCUUCAGCCCCGGGCUGCAGCUCCACCUUGCCCUGUCCACGCAUAGCCUGGCGCACGGCGUGCAGGACCUGACGACGCAGCCUCAGGGCCCCAGCCUGCCUACCUACCCAGUCCUUCUGGUGGGCGCCACCACGGGGCUCCCAGAGGGCGAGCAGCUGUCCUCAGCCGGCGUCCGGGAGGUGACCAGUGCUGCCCUGUCAGUGCUGGACACCAUGUGCAGGCAGGGCAACCAGCCGCAGCUCUUGCAGGGCCACUCUCUGCACAGCACAGGCCGCCCCUCCCGCACGUUUGCGGGGCUGGCCUUCAGCCGGCGCGCGACCAGCGCCAGCAAAGCAGCCUUCACAGCGGAGCUCAUGCGCAAGUCGCCGCUGGCGGUACCGCUCCAGCGCGGUCAGGCUGUCCUCACGGUUCACGUGCCAGUGGACACCCGGCCCAUCAUUCCGGGCACCUACACCGUCACGGUCAAGAUGGUAGGGGGCCCUGUGUGGGGGGCUUUCCGCGGUCGCACCGAUUUGGUGCUGCAGGCGGGCGGCUAUCCCACCACCUCGGACCCCUCUAAGCUGGCGUGUGCUUAUGUGGUCUCAGAGCAGUGCGCCAAAUCGGUGGGCCCCAAGGGGGAGCCCCAGGCCCCCGCAGGCCAGGGCAUCACCAACCACAUCUUUGCCUGUGUGCGGGGCCCCAUCUGGGACCCGCAGCUCUCUCACCUGCACUGUGCCAAGUUUGAGAUGCCCGGUGAGGAGCCCAUGCAGGUGGAGGUCCGUGGCGCCCCCCAGGCGGCUGGGACAGCCACGACAGCUGCGGCAGGCAGCCCUGCUCCGGCUGCAGCCGGGGUCGCUGACCUGGGAGGCAACACCUUGGGUGGGGUGAGGCCCGCGGCUGCCAUGGCGACCGCAGCGGACAUCGUUGACCACGUAGGGGACGUGCAGAUGCAGGAGGCGGCGGGUUUGGGUGACGUGGCGGCUGCAGCUGGUGGCGCCAGUGGGCCACUCAGCGGGGCCCCGCCCCUGCUGCCAGUUCUGGUGGCGGGGGGAAGCAACCGUGCUGCUGCGGCUGCCCUGCGGGCCGUGCUGCAGCAGCAGCCCUCUUCGCAGCAGCGGGUGGCAGUGGGAGGGCUUAGCGGGGUCCAGCCGGCGGCAGGCGUGGGGGGGCCGCCGGCGGCCAGGCCUCGCCCUGCCGGUGCUGGGCCGGCUGGCGUGCAGCAGCAGCACAGUGGCGCUCCCGCGCCACGGCCGCCCUUGGAUCCGCGGGCCGCCGCCGGGCAGGAUCAGGAGCAGUCCGCUGUGAUGCGGCGGUACUUGGCCGAGCUGGCGGACCUCAAUCUCCAGCAGAAACGGCGGUUACAGCAGCAGCAGCAGCAGGAACUGCAGCGCCAGGGGCAGUCGCCCAGGCCCCGGACCGGCUCCCAGGAUGUGGUCCUGGCCACGCGGGGGGGGCAGGACGGGGCGGGCGGUGGCCCUGGCGCGGCGGCGUCACGGCGUGGGCAAUGUAUUGACAUAGUUGACCACGUGGGGGACGUGCAGAUGCAGGAGGCGGCGGGUGUGGGUGACGCAGCGGCUGCCGCUGGUGGCGCCCGCGGACCACCCGCCGUGGCCUCGCCCUCGCUGCCAGCUCUGGUGGCGGGGGGAAGCACCCGUGCUGCUGCGGAUCCCCUGAGGGCCGAGCGGCAGCAGCAGCCCUCUUCACAGCAGCGGGUGGCAGCGGGAGGGCUUAGCGGGGGGCAGCCGUCGGCAGGCGUAGGGGGGCCGCCGGCGGCCAGGCGUCGCACUGCCGAUGCUGGGCCGGCUGGCGUGCAGCAGCAGCCCAGUGGGGCUCCCGCGGCACAGCCGCCCUUUGAUCAGCGGGCAGCCGCCAGGCAGGAUAAGCAGCUGGCAGCUGCGAUGCAGCGGUACUUGGCCUACAUGGCGGACCUCCAUCUCCAGCAGCAACGGCGGGUACAGCAACAGCAGCAGCAGGAGCAGCAGCGCCAGGUGCAGCCGCCCAGGCCCCGGACCGGCUCCCGCUUUGGGGUCCUGGCCACGCUGGGGGGACAGGACGGGGCGGGCGAUGGCACGGCCACGGCGGCGUCCGGGCGUGGGCGACGGGUGCAACCAGCCGCGCACGCACCGCCGCCGCCGCCGCAGCAACAGCCCAGCUCCAAAGGGCGCUGUGGCCCCGCCCAGCUUCCGCAGCAGAGGGCAGGGUGCUUGGGCGGUGGGCUGCCUCCCCCGCAGGACGGUGAUAGCGCGCCGCCGCACGUGCCCACUGGGCGGCCGGCCGGGGGACAGCAGGCUGGUGGGGGCAGCGGGUCGGGGCGCCAGGGUGGAGGAGCGGGGCGGGCAGUGCCCCAGGCGCCGCCCCAGGCGGGGCCGCCACUGCAGACGUCACAACCGGCGGGUGGUGGUAAGGACAGGGGCAGGGGCCUGGGCGCGCCGGCUGGGGUUUCGGCCGACACGGCUGGGCGCGCUGGUGGGGGUGCGGGCAGUGAGGCGGAGUACGGGGCCGUUUGCCUGACCCGGGACACGUGUGUUGCCAUCGGCUCUGACCUCGUGACGCACCAGAACCGCUGCGCAGAUGUGCAGGGGUAUGAGUGGACGCAGCUUGGCCGCGAUGCGCUUGGUGGCCGCCUCCUCGCCUACCUCCGUGACCAGGGCGCCACCGUACCGGACUGGGCCGUCUGCCGCGUGCCGGCCGGCCGUACCGCCGUCCUGGCACAGCUGCACGACGAGUUCACUGGCUGGUGGCGCCUAUACUCAGCCCAGCCUGCAGACACGCCCCUGCCUUCCGACGUGACGGAGCGGCUGGAUGACGCCGCGCAGCAGGUGCAGACGGCCUACAUGGACUACGUGCUCCUAGACGCCCGCACCCUGCGGUCCGCUAAGCGUGGGCCGGCGGACCCCGGCGGGGCCAGCGGGCCCAGCCGCCGGCAACGCCAGCACCGCAGCCGCAGUACCUCCAGCCUCAUGAGCCUGGGCAGCGCUCCAUUGCGCCCUGGCGGCGCCAGCUCAGGCGCCGCUAGCAUGAGCACCAGCAGCGGCGGCGCGCCCCCCAGCCAGGGUGGCGGCCGCCGCGGCAAACGCCACAGCAGCAACAGCAACCGCAACCGCCACGGCGCUGCCGUGGCCGGUGCCCCGCAACUUGCCAGCCUCCUCGCCCAGUUCAGUCUGGUGGACCCUUGGGCGAGCAAGCGUGGCGGCGCUAAGGGCUACACGCAUCCGGCCACGCCCAAGCCGGCCACUCCCGCACGCCUGGAUCGGUGGUAUGUCAGUGCCACCGCGGCGCCGUGGGUGGUGGAUGUCGCUCGCACGUAUGGGGCGCCUGGGGACCACAACGGUGUGCUGCUCACCCUGUCCUUGCCCGACCUGCCACAUGCGCACCGGGAGCAGUGGCGCUUCCCCACAUACCUGCUGUUUCACCCCUCGCUGCGUUUGGAGCUCGAGCAGCGCUUGGAGGCGCACGUUGCCGCAAAUCCCGUGGCCAGUACAGGUGACGGCGCUUGCACGCAAUGGGAGGCGGACAAGUUCUUCUUGCGGGAGGCCGCCACCAGCAUCCACCGUCGGCAUGCACGCCAGACCCGGGAUGGGCUGCAUGGCGUGGUGCUGGCCGCAGACGCGGCCGCUGCCCUGGCCGACCGGCCGGGUGCCAGCGCCGCACAGCGUCAGGCUGCGGCCAUGGCCAACUUGGCGGUGCGGGAGGAGCGCGCAGCUGCCGCAGCGGCCAGUCACAAUGCCCGCGCUGCACUGAUGGAGGAGCAUGGGGAGCGGGGCACUCGCUGGUUCCAUCGGCAGGCUGACGAGCCAGCAGCCGGCGCGCAGGAGCCCAUCACACACUUAAAGGUGCCGGGGCAACCGGCGCCUGUGGCGCUCACGGGGCCGGGCACGCGCAACACUGUCUCCGCAGCCGCCGCAGCCAUGUACAGCAGCACCAGCCCCACCGGCCUGUUCCGCGUGCAGCCGGUCUGUACGGCGUCGCAGCAACAGCUUCUGGCGGCCAUUGACCGCAAGGUUCCAGCGGAUCUGCAGGCCGCCGCAGAGGGGUCCGGUGACGGCGCCCUCAGUGAUGCCGAGCUGAUGGCAGCGCUGGCUGGCUCCGCCAAUGGUAAAGCGCCUGGGUCGGACGGGGUCCCGUACGAGGUGUACAAGGUUUUCUGGGCGCUGCUGGGUCCGCGCUUGUGUGCUGCUGCUGCCGCUGCCUUUGCUGCCGCUGCAGACGCCCACGAUGGCGGUGAAAUGGCGGCGGCGCUGCCCGCCUCCUGGCGGGAGGGCAUCAUCACGCUCAUCUACAAGGGCAAAAGCCUGGACCGCGCCGAGCUGGCGUCCUACCGGCCCAUCACGCUGCUCAACUGCGACUUCAAGAUGGUGUCCAAGGCCGUCAGCGCCCGCCUGCAGCCCGCCCUGGAUGCAGUUGUGGAUGAGCUGCAGACCGCGUUCAUCACCGGCCGCUGGAUUGGAGACAACGCGCUGUACCUCCAAGGCCUGAUCGAAUGGAUGCGCCUGGACGUGGGCGCGGACGGCACGCCACGGCAGGGUGGUGCGCUGUACUUCUUGGACAUUGAAAAGGCGUAUGACCGGGUGCACCGGCAGUGGCUGUAUGCGUCCGCAGAGGGACUGGGGUUUGGGCCGCGCAUGCUGCGCUGGAUCCGCCUGCUCACUGCCAACGGCUCUGCCCGCGUGUGUGUGAACGGGAUGCUCUCUGACGCCUUCCCAGUGCUGAACGGCUUGCCGCAGGGCAGCACCGCCUCACCACCCCUGUGGGUCAUCCAGAUGCAGCCACUGACGUCCUUUCUGCGGCGGCAGGUGGAGCAAGGGGCACUGCGCACGCCCCUGUUACCCAGCGGCGAGCAGGCGCCACCUGCUGCCCACCACGCUGACGACACGACCCUCACGGCGCGCGACCCGGCGGUGGACGGGCCGGUCCUGAUGGCGGCAGUACAGCUGUUCUGCCGCGCGUCCAACGCCCGUGUCCAUCCGGACAAGAGCAAGGCCAUGGGCCUUGGCAGGUUUGCGCACCUGACGGGCCCUUGCCCACACACGGGGGUGCCGUUUACCACUGGCGCCGUGACGCACCUGGGUGUGCCUCUGUCGUGGGACUCUGAUGCGGCUGCAGCUGACCUGUUCACCCGGCGGGCUCGCGGCAUGGCGUUUGUGGCGCGUCUGUGGGCUGCCCUGUCUCUGACCCUGAUUGGCCGUGUGCACAUUGCGAAGCAGGUGCUGGCGGCGAAGCUGGCCUACCACUUCAGCUUCCUCAACCCAUCGCCUGCGCAGCUGAAGGAACUCACCGACCUGGUGGACCACUUUGCUGCGCGCUCCGUGCACGCUGAGGAUGCCAGCCUGGUAUCGCACGGGAACCCGCUCCUGCUGCCAAAGCGGGAGACGGCCUGUCUGCCGUACAAGGAUGGGGGUGUCAACCAUGUCGACCUGCCUGCGUUCCUGUCUGCCCUGCAAGCUAAGACUUUCGCCCUGCUUGCCCAGCCAGGCCGGCAACCCUGGAAGACGCUCACCCGGGCGCUGCUUACUCAUGUGCGCCCGGACCCUGCCACCACGUGGGCGUGGGUGUACAGCGACGCGCCGGUGCCAGCGGGGCUGCCUGCCCGGCUGGCGGCCGCGGUCGGCCACGUGCGGAGCGCGGGCGUGGAACAGCAUCCGCCGCAGCCAGCCACUCAGCCGCCAGCGGCGCCGCCACAGUGGCGGGUUAGCCUGGACCAGCUGUGGGUGGCUAACGCUGCGGGGGCUGUGUCCUACGUCCACUACACGGGGCGGCUCUUGGAGCCUGGGCCUGGCGUGCUGCCCCCGGCAGUGGAUGGGGCGUGGCAGCCUGCCUGUGUGCUGCAGCACCGCAAGCCGCGGCACCUGUGGACCUUUGAAGAGCGGGCGGCGUACGAUGCAGCAUCACCAGGGGAACGGGCAGGGGCGUGGCCUCGGGCGCCGUACUUCCUGGCGCCGGAGGCUGGGGUGGUGGUGCACCCGGAGCACUGCCGGAUUGCGGGUGUCAGCUUGGCGGACUACACGGUGCGGGACGUGCGGCGGGCCAUCACCGCGGCCAACCCGGCCGCCCCUCUGGCUCCGGCCCGCCCCGCAGCCAUGCCGUGCCCGGCGCCAGCACAGCAGGCGGGGGGUUCGGGGACCCAGCCGGCGGCACAGUCGCGGCUGGCGGAGCGGGAGGCGGAGUGGCAGCGUGCAGCGGCGCAGCUGACCACCACGGCGGCGCAGCACUUCCACAAUAACCCGGUGGCUCUGGACCCCUGGCUCCACCGCACCUCCGCGGCAGCCGGGCAGCAGAACACGCCGCUUCUCACCGCACAGCUCAAGGCGGCUAAGCUGGAGCACUUUGUGGCCAUCUGGUCGGCGGGUGGCGCGCUUUGUGAAGUGGAGGAGGUUCAGGCUCUGGCUGGCGUCGCAGCGCCUGGGCGGCUGUGGGCCUUCCUGCACAGCGCGUCUUGCAGCGGGCUGGAGCCCGCUUAGUCAGCGCCACAUCUGGCCCGUUUAGUUUUCUGCUUGUGUCUCCUCUGCCGGCUCUCCUGGGGUGUUGCUUAAGCAACCGACUUGUGGUGGUGGGGUGGGUUUGGGCGGGGCGAGUGCGUAGCGCUGGUGUUUCCUUUUCUGGUGCGCGGUGGUGGUGGUUCUUGCGGUUAGGCUGUGGUGUAGGUUGGUGCUUGGGUUAGGUCUGGCGGUGUUUUUGUGCAACCCCUCCCGGGGGGCGGGGGGGCCAGCCUCCUGCUUUGUCUGCCGGGUCGGGGUGGGGUUGGGUUGGGAUGGGUGGGGGUGGUUGUUGGCGGUUUUCGAGGUGUUUGCUUUCUGUUUUUCUUCUCUUUUCUUCUCUUCUUGCCCUGUCAGGGUUCUGGUCUCGGGGACCAGGCUGUCUUCAGGCAGCAGGGGGGCAGCGCGUCUGCCCCUGUUCAACCUUGUAAGGAUGAUUCCUC